AUGACUGCAUGCAUCUUCAUACGAAGAGGGAAGAUUGAGAGAGAAUUGGCAGACGAUGAGAUUGAAGAGCUGCGUGAGGCAUUUGAAGAGUUUGAUAAGGAUAAGGAUGGACUGAUCAGCUGUAAAGAUCUAGGCAACCUGAUGAGAACUAUGGGUUACAUGCCUACAGAGAUGGAGCUGAUUGAACUGGGUCAGAAUAUCAAUAUGAACUUGGGAGGACAGGUGGAUUUUGAAGACUUUGUGGAACUGAUGGCACCGAAACUUCUGGCUGAAACAGCUGGAAUGAUUGGCAUUAAAGAGCUGAGGGAUGCCUUCAAACAGUUUGACAUGGACGGCGAUGGAGAGAUCACAACAGAAGAGCUGAAGUUAGCUAUGAAUAAGCUGUUGGGGGAAAACAUGAGUCACAAAGAGAUUGAUGCAGUGGUCAGAGAGGUUGAUGACAAUGGCGAUGGAACUGUUGACUUUGAAGAGUUUGUGAAAAUGAUGUCAAGCUGCUGA